AUGUCCCGGACUGUAAAACUUACGCGGCACAAUGUGCCCGUCACCAUUCCCGACGGGCUAACAGAGGACCAGCUUCUCGCCUUUAGGCCUUUCAACACCUGGAUUGAUACCCUGUCGGCCUCUGCACGGCUACAGACCGACUCGUCCCACCCCUUCCACGACGACGCGUAUACCCUGCGAUCCGCCGAGGUGCAGUCCUUCGAUAUAUUUGGCAGCGGUCGUCUCGGCUUCAUCAAACUCAGGGCCACGGUAUGCAAUAGCGCCGGCGAGACGCUUCCUGCCGUAUCCCUCCUACGCGGACCCUCAGUCGCUAUUCUCGUCAUGCUUGUGCCAGACGACGUCCCCGCCAAAUCGGACGAGCGCUACGUCGUCCUGACGGUACAGCCGCGCAUCCCGGUCGGCAGCUUCAAGGGCGCUGCUGCCAAGGAAAUUGAAGAGGAGCUGGGGAUAACCAUCAACGAAGAUGAACUGACAUGCCUGAGCGAUUUGGCUGCCGCUGACAACGACAAGUCCGAAGAGAACCUACCCAACGCCAUGUACCCUAGUGCUGGUGGUUGCGACGAACACGUUACCAUAUAUAGCUACGAACGACGGAUACCUCGAGAACAAUUACGAGACUGGAGUGGCCGGCUGACGGGGCUGAGGUCGCACGGCGAGAAGAUUACACUCAAGGUGGUGCCCAUGCAGAAUCUCUGGAGGGAGGGCGCGCGAGAUGCCAAAGCUCUCGGUGCGCUAGCCUUGUGGGAUGCAUUGCGUCGUAAUGGAAAGAUUUGA